CCGGUCAUCAAAGCUUACCAGGCACAGUGCCCUCAUUUGAGAAAAAGAGCAAAUAUGAUUAAGACGUUGCCGCAAUGGCCAAUGUAGAUACCUAUGAACUUGGGAUCCUCGUUGCGCAAUCCCCUGCAACGCGUUACACGCCUUGAUCCAAUUUGGGAAACACAGUCAGGUAGAAUGAAUUAGAAAAGCAACAGCUAUCAUAAUAAUCUUGCAAGAGAGCCCAGAGAUAGUGGCCUGGUGAUUAUCGUAAUAUUUCUUGGAGGGCAGAAGUAGGCACUGUAGGUAGGGAGAGGAAAAAGGGAGGUCACUCAGACAUAUUACUAGGCUAUUUAGGGAAGUGUCUUUAUAGGGGUAUCUGGUUUAACGGCAUAUCGGGGUCUCAGCGUCGCGGUCAACUCCGCCUCUAACAUUUUCUCCCCGAUUCAUCACCUCUGAGACAGCUCGACAUUCCACUCAUGAUGGAAACUCAUGGCAAGAAGCCGGAGAGACUGCACCGGGCCGCGUUCAGCUCCCGUAUGAAGGCUUGCUCCUCUUGUCAAAAGCAAAAGGUGCGAUGCUUGCCGAGUGGCCGAGAUGGGGCAUGCCAGCAUUGUAGGAAGAAAAAUAUUGAGUGCGUCUUCAAACGGCCAGCUCGAGAGAUCGAGACGGGGUCCAAUGAUGCAAGUCCCAAUCGGUCGGAAAUGGUGGAUGAUCUUCGCAUGCUGCACACAGCGAUCAAUAGCCUCCUACGACAAGGAUCUCAGCCGCUGCUCGGGCCUUUAAAGACCUCCCUUACAGGAAGGCUGAAUGUUGAGAGCUUGCCUUUGGAUGAUACUGGCACCUUCAUUGAAGAUGAGGAUCAAGAGAUGGAAGAACAAUCCGGUUCAUUUUGUGCACAGAGUGAAGAGCUCGUCGAGCCAUUGAGUCAAGCGCCCAUCAGCUCUUUGCAUGAAAUCACGAGAUUGAGGUCUGCUAAUGCGAAUGGAGCUGUUUCUUCAGCGCCUUUGGCAGUUCAACCACCCGCACAAGAGCCUCAGGAUCUCAUCACCGAAGGGAAUCUUCAGCGGGUUGAUGCAGAACGUCUAGUGAAGAGGUUUUUGGAGCGAACUGACUACUACCUCUAUGGGAUCACAAGCCGGUUUGAAGAUCUAGACAGCGUGCGCCGCGCAUCUCCCUUGCUGUUCGUGGCAAUCUGCACAGUCUCGGCUCUGCAUGAACACAGGGGUGAGCAAAUAUAUCGCGUGUGCAGUGCUCGGCUUCGCAAGCUCGUGUCUGACUUCAUGUUCAAGAAGCACGUAAAUCUCUACGACUUUCAAGGAUUGUGCAUAGCUUCGUUUUGGCUCAGUGAUCUUUCAUGGUCAGUGUCUGGUCUCGCCAUUCGGCGAGCUAUCGAGUUCCAACUAGACAAGUCAUACGAAAUCGUCAUCGGCACUAGCCAACUUGACGACAGGUUUUCUAAUAGUCUUGGGCUCAAGGACCGGGAAGAUGUGCUCAGCUGUUUGAGGGUGUGGUAUCUAUUCUACAUCUGCGACCAUCACCUCUCAAUUCUGUACGGCAGGCCUUCAAGUUUUGGCAAUCCGUCGUCUGUGGAAGGAUGGAGGAAGUACCUCCGUUCCGUUCCCAGCUCAAGCACCGACGUUCGUCUUUCCAGUCAGCUGGAACUGCUUUCGAUAUUGGAGAAAGUCACCUAUAUGUUCGGCUCGAAUGAUGACAGUCGCAUAUCUGGAAGAUUCAGGAAGGAGCUCGAUGAAUUCGAUUUAGAGGUGGACCGAUGGCACAAUCUGUGGGCUGCUCGAUACAGGACCCAACGAGAUAUCGAGAGGCAGAUAGGAGCCUUCCCUCGCAAGAAUCUUCGCCUGCACUACCACUUCGCGAAACUGUUCAUUGGCUCCCAUGUCUUUCGAGGACUUUCGUCCAACCCAGUCGAUGAUCCGAUUCCGAUUGAGUUUCACGCCUUAGCUCUUGGAACGGUCGAGUCCGCUAGAUCAACGAUCCAGCUUAUCAGCAACGAUCCAGAUCUCAAAGCUGGGUUGGUGGGAUUGCCGCACUACAACCACACAAUGAUAGCAUACGCGUGCACUUUCCUUCUCAAAGUCGCAACAAAGUAUCAUCGCCAUCUCGAUAUCGAUCAGAAUGAUGUUUUCGACCAUGUGUCAAAAGCUGCAGAGAUCUGCCAGUCCAUACAAUGUACGCGGUACCACCUUGUCAGUUGGAUGGGGGCUGGAUUGGCUAAGUUUGUUGAAAAUUGCCGCAAGCUUGCUGGGAGGCAAUCAGAGACCUUUGCGGACGGACGUGAGCGCGAAACAACUGUCAGCCCGACUCUCCCCACUCGGAAGGUUAGGGCUAUGAGUAGAACUAUGCCAUCAAAUGAUGCAUGGGAUUCGGCAAGACGAGUUGCUGAAGCAUUUCCAACAAGUCUGCAAGGAUUCAUGGACGGCAACUACAACUUCCCAGAUGAUGCUGUUGGCAUGGACAGCAUGGAGACCUUGGAUUUAGACAUUUUGGAUGGAUCUGACCCAGCAUGGGACUCAUUUUUACCGUCGUUCAACUUUGAGCAUAUGGGGUUUAGUUUACUCUAAAUGAUAGCCCGUUAGCGGACCAAAAAGCCUAGAAUAUCUCCAAAACCCAA